AUGGCCCCAUCAUCAAGAUUCGGAAUGUACAUCGCUGGCCAGCACAUCAAGGGCGCUAAAGCAGCAUCGAGAGCCCAGGUGGGCACCACAUGCAACGCAUUGCAUGCCACCGGCAAAGGACAUGCAUACGGGCAUACAGUGGAGUUCAGGCGAGCAAGCUCGGCAGGGGAUGUUCUGGGUGCAUCGGAGUUCUAG